CUGAGUAGCUAAUUAUGGCAUUUUUAGUUGCUCGUUUUUGCUCAUUUCAAAACCGCAUUUCCUUCAAUGAGUGAAGCAAUUUUAUUCCUGUAUUUCUGAAGUCUGGCAGGAUGGUGAAUACUCUUGUGGUUAAGUUAAGAGAUUGAGAGUGAAUUUACAAAGAAGCCGAAGAACAGUUUUUUUUUUUUACUUGGGCUGCUUUGCCCCUCUGUCUAGUGCCCCCAAUGGCAGCCGACGUAUAUAACCCUGUUUCAUUGCGCCACAAGUCCAGGAAGAAAAGUCGAGGGAAUGUGACAACGAUGAGCCGAAGGAGGAUAUCGGUCAAGGAAUUGGGACAAGUGGACUGUCAGGGCUGGCUCUACAAGAAGAAGGAGGGAAAAGGAUUUUUAGGAAUGAAAUGGAAAAAGUUUUGGUUUGUUCUGAAGAAGAGCUCACUGUACUGGUAUACCAGCCAGAUGGCAGAAAAAGCUGAAGGGUACAUACAUUUGACAGACUUCAUGAUAGACCGAGCAACAGAAUGCAAAAAGAAGUAGUAAGUGUUAUGUUGUCUUUUGAAUGUUUUCCCUUCACCUUGCAAGUUAGGCAAUGUCUGAACUUUGAAAUCUGGAAUAAAUCAUUUGAAAGUCAACAAAACCAUAGGA